AUGGAAACGAACAACAAUGUUUGUGGAAAAGAGAUGGCAAAUGAAAGGGGCGGCGAAAAUCGUCGUGCCACGUGUCCAGAAAUCUACCUCUACCCGGAGUCGACCACACCAGCACGCCAGGUGUUGUUACGAUUAUACGGUAGCCGAAAUGCUGGCAAGAAGACGCUUGCACAUCAAAUUUACCAUGUCGCUUCAACGACUACUCCAGAACAGACUCACGUCAUAUCAAGUGAAACAGAAGAGGCCGUCUCGAAAACCAUCAACUUUCUUCUGAACGGCGAAGAAGUUCAACUAGAAAUAGUCAUGGAAUCAACUCUAGAGUCCUCCCCUUUCGCCAAUCAUAUCACGAUGUACGUGGUUGUGUAUUCUGUAGAUAGCCGCGAGUCAUUCAAAAAAGCUACGCACUUGUUAUACAGAUCUCCAAGAAAGCAGACAGCAGGCAUAUCAGGUAAUGGCGAGCUGAGAAAAGAGAACAAGAUCUCCCUAGUUCCUUCGGAAUACAAACCCUCGGACCAAUCCUGGAUGCGCCGACUUCUUCUUCGAGGACGACAUCUAGCAAAAUCCUGUGAAGAGCUCGUGCAACGGAUCAUGGCC